UAGCGUAACAUCUCUAUAGUAACGCAGUGUUUGUUGGCAACUGAGCAGCUUCCUGCAAUCUGCUCCUGGACUGGGUGCCUCUCCUCUAAGGAGGAAGGAAAAAAAAUAGGAGAAAAUGUUUUGACCACUUAAUUUUUUGUAAUUUUUUUUUGUACCUCUACCAUCUAUUUAAAGAGGAAAAAAUGGAUGCUUUUUUAAAGGGAAUCUUGGAGCCUUCUGGGAGGGAUGUAUUUGACAACUUGACACGGAUGGAGGUGCCUCCUGUUAACACCUUUAAGAGCUCUCUGGCAGGACACAUAACUGAAUAGCAGUUUUCAAGAAUGGAGCUUGUUGGCUCUACAUUAACGGCAACUUGCGCCCAUCCAAGAUCAGCAUCUGCCAAUUUUCUACCUGCCAUCAGUGCCAUGGCUUCAAGUUAUAAGAACCGGUUUCCUCACUAUGCCUUGCCUCAGGGUUUGAGGCUUCCCUGGAGACCUGAUGCCUAUUACAGAACAGCUAGCAUUACUCCAGCUUUGGCUCCAUAUUCCAAAAGCUCCCAGGGGUUAACCCCCAGCAAGAUGCUUCCUUUUGUUUCCAAUCGAACAACACUCUUCACUCGUUACACCCCUGACGACUGGUACAGGUCCAACCUGACCAACUACAAAGAGUCGGAGACUUCUCGGCACAGUGCAGAGAGACUGAGAGUCGAUACUUCCCGGAUGAUUCAGGACAAAGAUCAACAGACGAAGAAAACUCAAGCAGAAAGCACCAAAAAUCUGGGCGAACGUGUCAAUGAUAUUGAAUUUUGGAAAUCAGAGCUCCGCCAUGAGCUGGAUAAGAUGAUUGGAGAGACCAAUGCACUUACGGACACGAAGAAGCGACUGGAAAGAGCCCUGGCUGAGACGGAGGGCCCUCUCCAGGUAGCCCAAGAGUGCUUGCUUCACCGGGAGAAGAGGAUGGGCAUCGAUCUAGUCCAUGAUGACGUGGAGAAACAGCUCUUGACAGAGGCCGAUGUCAUCAGGUCGUGUCAGGAGAGGAUGCAGCGGUACCUGGAUAAGGCGAUCGCCCAGCUCGCGUCCAACAGGGCAGCCCAGCACGAGCUGGAGAAGGAUCUGGCUGACAAACAGGCUGCCCACCGCAUCGAUGACAAGUGCCACCACCUAAGGAACACUUCUGAUGGCAUCAGUUACUACCGAGGGGUGGAGCGGGUCGAUGCUACGAUCUCCGUGCCAGAAUCCUGGGCCAAGUUUACGGAUGAUAAUAUUCUGCGCUCCCAGAGCGAACGGGCUGCCUCCUCCAAGCUGCGGGGAGACAUCGAGAACCUGCUGGUGGUGACCGCCAAUGAGAUAUGGAACCAGUUUAACAGAGUGAACGUCGCCUUCACCAAUCGCAUUGCAGAGACAGCAGAUGCCAAAAAUAAGAUUCAGACCCACCUAGCUAAGACUCUGCAGGAAAUCUUUCAAACUGAGAUGAACAUAGAAGCCAUUCGAAAAGCCAUUCGGGACAAAGGACCACCGUUAAAAGUGGCCCACACCCGGCUGGACGAGCGCACGCGGAGACCAAAUGUGGAGCUGUGCCGGGAUAGUGCCCAGAUACGCCUCAUCAAUGAGGUCCAUGAAAUCGAUGACAUGAUCCAGAGCCUUCAGCAGGGGUUGAGGGACGCCGAGGACACGCUGCAAAUGUUGGUUCACACCAAGUCGACCUUGGAGCAUGACCUAGCUGUCAAGGCAAAUUCCCUCUUCAUCGACCAGGAGAAGUGUAUGGGGAUGCGCAAGACCUUCCCCAACGCUCUCCGCCUGGUGGGUUACGCUUAGUCUCAUCUUAGCCUAACUCAUGGUAUCUUCUGGGGGAUGUAUUCUCAGUUGUGCUAAGAUGCUUUGAAAAUAUGCGCUCAUACUUUCACUUACUAAUGAAAGCCCAGAGUAGAAAUUAAAUGAUCACUUUGUGUGUUAUAUGGUCUACUGGGAUUUAUUUUUUCCAUUGUUUUUUCCUUUUUUUACUGCUCUUUCAUCGUGUGUCAGAGAGUAGCUGAAAAUAUCCUGUAUGACACUGAGACCAAAUCCACCCUCGGGGAUUCGUUCCUGCCAUUUCAAUCUGUGAUUUUAGGAGAAACAAAGUGCUGGGUCUUCCUCCUUUUGA